AUGUGGCCGGCCAUCGUUUCGGCGCUCUUCCUUGCCGCCACGGCAUCCGCCUCUCCUACCUGCAAAGUAACCCCAUACGACGCAGCAUGGCCGUCCCAUGCAGACUGGGCAGCUCUCAAUGCCUCGAUUAACCACCAGCUCCUCAGCACCGUGCCCGUAGCAUCGUCCUGCUGGGCUGGGAAUCCGUUUGGUUCGUCAGUCUCCUGCAGCGCCGUCAAGGAGGACUGGGCCAACGCCGCGUGGCAAUCCCGGUUUCCUGAGUCCAUUGACUACCCUGUCUAUGCGAAUAACUCCUGCCUGCCACCAAAUGCUUCCGGCUACCUGGCCGAACGCGGAUGCACGAUCGGCGGGAUGCCGCAAUAUAUCGUGAAUGCCACCAGUGAAGAACAGAUCGCGACAGCGGUGAAGUGGGCUUCGGAGCGCAAUAUCCGCAUUGUCAUCAAAGGAACCGGUCAUGAUCUGAACGGACGAUCCAGUGGCGCUUUUGCUUUGUCCAUCUGGACGUACCACCUGCGCAAGCUGGAACGCAAUAGCGCCUGGCGGCAUCCGACUACCAAUGCAUCUGAGGACGUGUACAUUGUUGGCAGUGGUCAGCAGUGGGGCAACGUGCUCAACUUAGCCCUUGAACAAGGGAGAGUCGUCACUACCGGCCAAGAUCCCAGCGUGGGCCUCGGCGGGUACAUUCAAGGCGGCGGCCACGGUCCCAUUUCCCGGACGUAUGGACUCGCCGCGAGCCAUGUCCUCCAGAUGAGAGUGGUGACGACAACGGGCCAGAUCUUGGUCGCUAACGAUGCCGAGAACCAAGACCUCUUCUGGGCACUCCGUGGCGGCGGUCCCGGUCUAUAUGGCGUGGUCACCGAGUAUGUCAUCCGGCAUCAUCCAGUCCCUUAUAAUGUUAUCAUGGGCAAUGUCCUGAUAGCCCCUAAGGAUGGUAGCAACGCCAGUGCCGAGAGGUCCUGGGACGCUGCCGUCCGCCACCUUUCUGCACUUCCUGACCUCAUGGAUGCCGGACUGGCCGGCGCUUGCAUGGUGGCGACUGGGGAGAUGGCCACAUCGUUUGGAUCACUCAGGGAGUUUACCACCGGAGUCGUGAUCAAGCAAGUCUUCUGGUCCUUCAAUUCCACUCCUGCUGCGAUGGAAGCCCUGGUGAACCCCGUUCUGGCCAACAUCACCCAGGCAGCUGGAGGAAAUAACUCUCUCACCGUCUCCUUCUCGGCCUCCAAUUCCGGCAACUACACUUCAUUCUACAGUGCCAUAUCCGGCAGUGAAGUCGCCGGUGGAGAGAGUCUGGUGUCGAGUCGUCUCCUCGGCCGGGCCGAGUUGAAUGACACGCCAUUCUACAAACAAAAGGAGUACCUCAAGAUCGCCAUGGGCUCGCAAAACUCCACAGCCGGAACCUACGCCACGGUGGGACUGCAGGGUGGACCAGGUGUCCGUAACACGCCCGCCGAGGCAUGGGGGGCCCUCCUUCCCGCGUGGCGCUCGGCCUAUCUCCACUUCAUUUCCAAUGGAGCUACGGUGGACUCGGUAGCUGCUGGCUCGCCGAAGCUAGCGCUGGAGAGUGCCGCUCGUUUCAACGAGGCCAAGGAGCGGAUGUGGAGAGAGUGGUCGCCGAAUUCAGGUGCCUACAUGAACGAGGCCAAUCCUUACGACAGCAACUUUAAGCAUGAUUUUUACGGCGCCAACUAUGACCGUCUGGUGCAGGUCAAGGCGAAGUAUGACCCGAGUGAGAGUCUGUUUGUGCUGUCGGGGGUUGGGAGUGAUAAGUGGGACUAUGAUUUGGACAGUGGUCGACUUUGCAGGAACUGA